AUGUCAUUGUGCACGACUCGUGCAUAUCUGCAUAUCCCCCGUCUUACCACUGCCGGGAAGCCCAUCUCAGCGCGCCAGAACGGUCUGCGUUAG